UUUUAGAUAUUUGAAUCAAUGGUUUCAUCAUUCGUUAUUCUCUUAAUGUUAAUUAUCUUUACUGAGGUCAAUUCUAGACCGGCAUCAAAAUCAACAAUGGAAAGUCGACUAAUUCAGCGUAACUUUUAUUGGUAUACAAAAGGAAAAGAAGAACGAUUACAGAAUAAAUUAGCGCCAUUUGGUUUCGAUCAUUUACCGCCACAAACAGUAUUAUGUGUGGCUUCUAAAAAGAAACAUAUACCAUUGGUCAGUUCAUCGAAUCGUUAA